GGGCAAGCCCCUUUUCUAGGCUCAGUUUCCUUGCACUGAGGCUAUAGAGGUCUCUGCUUUCAUGGUGCUUAUAGUAGGGUGGCUAAUGCACGGUGUUCAAUCAAUGGUAUCAUUAUAGGGAGGAUGUAAGAAUAAUAUUAUUGGAGAGAAUCUAGAUGAGACUUGGCAUGGAGGCUGGGUUUGGAUGUCAAGUUGGCAAGCACACCUUGAGGUCCACAUUUCUCCUUUUCUGUGCUCUGGUUACCUUCCCUGCCCAUCCCUCCUGGCCCCAGGUGGCUCCUCUGGGGACAACGUGGUAAUUUAAUACAAGAGUAAAAUCUUCCUCUGCAUAAUUAUAGAGAAUUAGGGAUCUCCAGUGAAAACAUUUAGAGAUUCCUUCUUCUCUCUGAAGAACAUGCUUGUGAGUCUAGAAAUAAAGUUGCUCUUUGUUAGCUAUUUCCUUCCCCCCUCUUUCUUUCUUCCUGCAGAGAACUCAGCCUCUCCAAGGUGCAAGCACCAUGAUCUCAGCAGACUGACAAUGGAAGGAGAGGACACUGGGCGAUCCUGCGCUCUGGCUUCCCUGGACGAUGGAUGGAGGACAGCCCGUCCCUUCGCCCCCAGUGCCCUUUGGGAACUCGUUGUCAGAUUCUAGCAUGUCUCUGGAGCAAAAAACCACGUUUGCUUUUGUGAUUUUGCUGUUUAUUUUCUUGGGCGUCCUCAUCGUCAGGUGCUUCCGGAUUCUUCUGGACCCAUAUCGGAGCAUGCCAACCUCGACCUGGGCUGACGGCCUUGAAGGCCUGGAGAAAGGGCAGUUUGACCAUGCCCUAGCUUAGCGGGGCGGGAGCAGGACCCCCACUGAGGAGGGGAACUGCUUCAUGUCUUGGCAAGGAACUCUCUGUCGUCAAUGUUCUCAACAAAUAAUCAAGUUUUAGUGACAUCUGGUCCUAAGACCACAACCCAUUACUCAGUAAGCAUGCUGUUGGGUUAAGACAUUUGAGCAAAUUGGAAAUGGAGACUUAAGUUACUCACCCAAAAUAGAAAGGUUUCCAUUUCUGUGUUUACUCAAUGAAUGGAUGUUGUCAAAGGUGGGAUGGUGAAACCGAGAGCAUUGAUGCUGACAUAAACUUUGCCAUAAAAUGAAGCGCUAUCCAACCUGAUCAGAGAAUAAAGACUAGAAAGGGUCGGACCCUGAAUCUGGUGACAGGGCCAAGAAGAGAUUUCCUCGCUUUAAUCGUGUCUCUCACGUUAUUUUAUAUUCAUGGGAGUCUGGGUCCCAGGAAGAGAGUGAGGAAGAUUAUGCUGAGUGGACCAAAAGCAAGUACUUGUUUUUUCCUAAAGCAAGGAGUAUGGGGAGGCCAUGGGAGGGCUGAGAAGACAUGGUUUCAUCCUGGGAAAAUAGAGUGAGGAUGAUAUUUUAUUUUUAAA